UCGCCACUCUUCCGUUGCCACACCUCACACUCCACUCAAUGACCCACGUAUCUGUCACCAUGCAGUCUUUGUCUCGUCGUCAUCCCGAAAACUCGACAGCAGGUAGCACCCCAUAUAUUCGCUGCAACGCUACUAUGCCACCCGAGCCUCCGUCCGCACCAGAGAAUUCGGAUGUUUUACCAACUAUCAACAAUACACUCAUGAACUCAGCCUUACCAAUUACGUCCGUUACAGUUUGUGUGCUUACCGUGUUUUAUGCAGACUCAUGGACGAGGCGACGCGCAAGUCGCUUCCCCGUCUGAGCUACUCUCCCCAAUCCUGGGGGAGAUGAACUAAGUCAGCUUGAUGGAGC